GUCUGUCAUCGAUCUGUCUAUCUAUCCCAUCCUUUCCUCCCAUCGGUCCCAUCAAUUCGUCCAUCGCCUACUCUCCCGGGCUUUCGUCUAAUUGCCUCCACCUGCCACCUUCGACUCGCUCGCUGCCGUUGUUCCUUUUCGGAGCGCGCUGUGAUGCGGCUGCGUUGACCUUCCUGCCAUCAAAGCAGUCUCUGUCGUCUCUGGUCAGUCCGGUCGCCGAAUUGAAAACCCCGUCGUUCGUGUCUCGCCCUCUCGCCGCGAACAACUCACCCUCAACCCCAUCGCUCUUCCCCCCCCGGUCGCGGAAGGGCUUUGCUACCGCCAAUCUGCUCCCUUUCCCUGUGCCUCUUGCUGCCUCGAAGCAAAUAGAUCGGCUCGGAACGUCUUACGCGCAAUGUACAACGCACAUCGCGGGAUGGUUCCCGCGCCCAACUCCCGUCUGACGGAGCUGUUGGACCAGUUGCGCCAGGAGUUUGAAAACCAGUCAAGAAGUACUGGCGAGUUCGAGCACCAAUUGACUGGGCAACUUCAGGAAAUGGAGAUGAUUCGACAAAAGGUCUACCAAUUGGAACAAGCACAAAUCAAAAUGAAGCAAGAUUAUGAAGCGGAAAUUCGGGUGUUGCGACACGAGCUGGAGUCGCGCGGUGUGCCAACUGUCUCGUCUCACAUUCCCGGUCCUGCACCGCAUGCUGGCCCUUCUCAGCCCCCUCCACCCGCACUGGGCCAUGGCCCAAGCAAUCUGUUCGGUGGGAUUAUGACCAACCAAGGAGGUAGUGGUCCCGGUCUUGCCCCUCCCCCUCCCCAGGAUCAGCAGCCUCCCCAGCAUACCCUUCAACAGCCUGCUCCCGCGGCUCAACAAGGAGCCCCUCAACCGCCGCAGAGCUCCUUUGGGGGAUAUCAGCCUGGCGCUGCUGUGAACGGCUAUGGACCCCCUCCUCCCCCAACCGCCUCCCCGGGUCCCGGCAAAAGACGCGCUCCUCCCGGACCGGCAACUCCCCAGCAAACCCACCAGCUGGCCUACCCGGACCCUCGCGUGUCCCCUCAGCUCGCGCGGCCUACUCCUCCUAGCCAGGCUAUCGUGCGCGAACGUCCCGGAAACAUGCUGGCCAACUGGAAUCCCGAUGACUUGCCUGCUUCGCAGAAGCGAGAGGGGGCCGACUGGUAUGCCGUCUUCAACCCCGAGGUGCAGCGAGUGCUGGACGUCGAGCUCGUCCACCAUCUCGUCCAUGACAGCGUCGUUUGCUGCGUUCGUUUCAGCCGCGAUGGAAAAUACCUGGCUACCGGCUGCAACCGCUCCGCUCAAAUUUUCGACGUCACCACUGGUCAGAACGUCGCCACCCUGCAAGACGAGAACGUCGACAAGAAUGGAGAUCUUUACAUCCGUAGCGUUUGCUUCAGCCCGGACGGAAAGUAUCUCGCCACUGGUGCCGAGGAUAAGCAAAUUCGGGUGUGGGAUAUUGCCGCUCGAACUAUCAAACAUAUUUUCACGGGUCAUGAGCAGGACAUUUACUCCCUUGACUUUGCCGGCAAUGGCCGCUACAUCGCGUCCGGCAGUGGGGACAAGACCGUACGUCUUUGGGAUAUCCUAGAUGGGAAGCUUGUCUACACACUCAGCAUCGAGGACGGAGUGACCACGGUCGCCAUGUCCCCUGACGGUCACUACGUUGCCGCCGGUUCUCUUGAUAAGAGCGUUCGCGUUUGGGAUACCACGACCGGAUACUUGGUGGAGCGCCUUGAGAGUCCGGAUGGCCACAAAGACAGCGUUUACUCGGUAGCAUUUGCACCCAACGGUCGGGACCUUGUCAGUGGCAGUCUCGACAAAACGAUCAAGCUGUGGGAGCUUAACGUUGCCCGCGGAGCCUACCCCGGAACCGCGUCCAAGGGUGGCAAAUGCAUCCGGACCUUCGAGGGUCACAAGGACUUCGUGCUCAGUGUCUGUCUGACUCCCGACGGUCACUGGGUGAUGAGUGGCUCUAAGGAUCGAGGCGUUCAGUUCUGGGACCCGAUCACCGGAAAUGCCCAGAUGAUGCUUCAGGGACACAAAAACUCCGUGAUCUCGGUUGCUCCCAGCCCCACCAACAAUCUGUUUGCGACUGGCAGCGGUGACAUGCGCGCAAGAAUCUGGCGAUACUCCACGUACACUGGACGGUGAUGGCAUAGCAGUUUUCUGGGAAUCUCGGCGCAAAUGUGAUUGUUCCUCGUUUAGUAUCGUUCGUUUAUGUUUCCCGUGUCCGUUCGACGCCGCGGUUAGUUUGAUUUCCCUGGAUUUCCCGCGUUAAUGAAGGCAGCGCAUUCGUUCCCCAUUCCCCGUUUCCCCCCUCUGCAUUGAAUGCAACCUCUCGGGCAGGCGAGGAAGGGGAAGAUUGCCGGUUCAAAUGACCGACGGAGCAGCGCGAGGUGCCGGACCGGAAUGCUUGUACGGAUAAUCUGGCGGUUUGAUCUACUGUUUCUAUGUGUAACUUGGAACCCCUGCUCUGUCAAAGGAUUAUUAUUAUUUUAUUAGUACUGCUGGCCUGGGAAUGAAUUUGUUCGAAGGGCCGAAUGAGCCACCGCACGCAUC